AAAGAUACAAGUGUCGCCAUUUUGUUUGCUGUUAGUCCUUGUUUCUGUGAAGUGUAAAGUGUAUUUGUUUGUGUAAUCUUCGUUGUGACGUAGUGUUACAAGAAGAUUGUUGGUUGACUAAAUUUUGAUUGAUAAAUGAAAUUCUAUGUUGGAUGCAGAAACAUAAAAGUGGUGAUUGUCAUCCUGUAGUGCUUUACUAGAUUGGAACUGUCCAUUUUCAACAUGAAUUCUAUCCAAAAAGAUCAACCAGAUCCUGAUGCCAUCAAAAUGUUUGUGGGACAAAUUCCGCGUAACUGGGACGAAGCCGAGCUACGAAAGCUUUUUGAUGAAUUUGGACCUGUCCAUCAAAUAAAUGUAUUAAGGGAUAAAAUGACUGGGCAAAGCAGGGGUUGUUGUUUUGUUACUUUUUAUAAUCGUAAAUCAGCAGUAGAAGCACAAAACGCUUUACAUAACAUUAAAACUUUACCAGGGAUGCAUCAUCCAAUUCAAAUGAAACCUGCAGAUAGUGAAAAUAGAAAUGAAAGGAAAUUAUUUGUUGGCAUGUUAUCUAAAAAGUGUUCUGAAAAUGAUGUCAGAGUCAUGUUUUCUUCAUUUGGCCAGAUUGAAGAAUGUACGGUUUUAAGAGAUAUUAAUGGACAAAGUAGGGGAUGUGCUUUUAUUACAUAUGCUUCUCGUCAGUGUGCAAUCAAUGCCAUAAAAGCUAUGAAUCAUUCACAGACUAUGGAUGGUUGUAGUAGCCCCCUUGUAGUGAAAUUUGCAGAUACUCAAAAAGAUAAAGAUUUGAAGCGACAGCAACAAAUGAUGUCUAACAUUUGGAACAUGAGUAAUUUUAGCAACUUAGGUCUUAAUUCUCAGUAUAUUGCUGCACAAACGCAAGCUGGUAGCUAUGGAAAUUUUACUAGUCUACCUCAACUUACUGGAGGAAUAAAUUCUUUGAAUAUGCAGCAACUUGCAGCUCUUGCAGCCGCCCAAUCGCCUAAUAAUGCCAAUUCUGGGCUCAAUGCAUUAGGUUUACAGGGCAUUGGUGGAGGUGGUGGACUAACACUAAACUCAGGAAAUCACACACCAGAUGUGAAUGCUGCAAACAUUCAAAGUUUGGCUGCUUUGGCUAGUUUGACAUCAAAUAGCCCAGUUGGCAUCAACUCUAUGAUGAUGCAAAAUUUGACGGCCUUAGCAGCUGCCAGUAGUAGUGGAGGUUCAGCUGGAAUUCAUGGUCUGACUGCUACAGGUAAUAUGUCUGGUAGCACCUCUAGUGCCAGUUCACCUAUGAGUGGUGUUGGUUCUGUUAGCCCUGUUACCAGUAUGGCUUUAGGUUUAAAUAAUACAUCGAUUUCAAACAUGGGAACAUUCACGGGAGUAAAUGGGAUUGGAAACAUGACAAAUUUAGGGGCAAAUGGAUCUAACCUUGAUGCUCUUACCCAGGCUUAUAGUGGCAUUCAAGGAAUUCAGCCAUUCACAAAUACAUUCCCUCCUGUUGGUCUCCAGCAACCUCAAAGUUCUCCUGGAAAACAACUGGAAGGGCCAGAAGGAUCUAACCUAUUUAUAUAUCAUUUGCCACAAGAGUUUACAGAUUCUGACUUAGCACAGACAUUUUCUCCUUUUGGAAACGUCAUUUCUGCUAAAGUGUUCAUUGAUAAACAGACUAACCUUAGCAAAUGCUUUGGUUUUGUGAGCUAUGAUAACCCAAGCAAUGCCCAGGCUGCCAUCCAGUCUAUGAAUGGGUUUCAAAUUGGUAUGAAACGAUUAAAAGUGCAACUGAAACGUUCAAAGGACGCUAGCAAGCCAUACUGAAUGUUGAUCAAUUACCGAGCUUGCAUGCAGAUUUCCUACUGCAAAUGUGUGUGUAUAUUCGAAGAUUUUUAUCCUGUCAUUACUCUUUGUUUAAAUAUAUGUUACAAAGUAUAUAUUUCUGUUAAGAAAGUAUAUUAAUAUUAUCCUGAAGCAUCCAUGAAGAGGUUAAAAGCAUACUCAUACAGCAUCUUUUGUGAAUACUAUGUGGAUAUGUAUUUCUGUUAGUAUUGUUGUACAACAUCAUAUCAAAGUCUGUUUUAUCCUGGUGAAGUAGAAUUUGUAUAUUAUUAUUAUUAUUAUUAUUAUUAUUAUUAUUAUUAUUAUUAUUAUUCCUCCCUUAUGAAUGAAAUUAUAAAUGCAUGUUUUUUAAAAGUUGAGAAUGAUAUAAAAUGAAUUUUGUUUUUCGUGCCGUCAGUUAUUGUAAAAAAAAGUAAAUAUUUUUUGUUUUUAUAGUGUUUUAUGAUGGUUGUGAAACAGCCACGAAAAAUAUAUGUAGUAUAUAUAAAGAUAUAUAUAUAUAUAUAUUUAAUAUAUUUUUAAACUGAUGAUGAUGAAAUUUUUGCUUGUUUUUCUUUGUUAAACAGGGAGGGAAUUUUUAUAAUAGAAUUUUAUCUUGCAUAAUUUUUGUUUCAAGUAGUAGUGUUUAUGGUUGUGAAACAGGUUCCAUGGAAGCAGUACACCUGUAGUGUAGUUUUAUAAGAGACAGAAACUCUUUGGAAAAUUGACAAAGUGCCUCGCUUCUCUUGAAGGUUGCUUCCUCAAAAGAAAACUAGCAUUUACGUGGGAACGCCCAAUUUUUUGUUUUUCACCAUUUCUCACUUGUUAUUUCCCCCUCACUCCCGCAGACAGAUUUUUCUAUCCAAAUCAUGGAUGCUUCCAGGGCUAAUAAUAGGUUCACUUAUAUUGCAUUUUGUUUCAUAGUCUUGUAAAUUUUUUUGUGAGUAUAAAAAAUAAUAAGUUUAGUAUAUGUAUGUUGUAUGGUAUGUUCGGUUGCUUUGUUAAUUUGUGUGCAGUAUUAUUUUAUUUUUAUUGUAGUCUCAUCAAUACUGUUAAUUUUUUUAACUGCACCGAAGUGUGGUGUGUCUUUUUUGAAAAAGCAUUUUUUCGGGAAUUAUUGGUACAUGUAAAAGAGACUUAGUUUUAGCACACAUAUAUCAUUGUUUUGUUUUUACUUGAUAUAUAAACAAUUUGUAUUCAAUCUCGUCCAAUUGUACAGUUUCUAAAUCGUGCAAAGUAUAUUAAAAUAAAAUAGGAUUGACUGCUCACCGCUAAAUCCGACCAAGAUGCGAUCUCUCGGUAUCAGAUGCAAUUUUAAUCUGUGAGGAAGUUGUUGUGAACUGUCUCUCCUUUAUCUGUGUAGAAUUAUAUCAUUUUUUGAAAAAGUGGUUUAUAGAUAUAACUCUUAUUGUAACCCAGUAUUAUAAGACUGCUCUGCAUGGGCUGAGUGUUUUAAAUAAAAUGUAAAAAUAAUUGUGGACUUAUUCUAGUCCAAGUUUGUCAUCUGAUCUGUGUGUUUCCUGGAAAGGAACCAAAGAAAAACAAUUUGUAAAGCAUGUAUUUACUAAUAUAUCUGCCUUAAUCUUGUUUGGCACUAAAAGAAAUUUAUGUACCAGACAACAAAAAACUUAUAUAUGUCUAUUUACUGGUGUAACAAAAACAUAGUGAUUUAAAGAAAAUUUGUCUAUAUGUAGUAAUGUGGCUAAAUGUCUUGUCAUACAGCACAUAUUUUGCAUGGAACCUAUGCUCACUGUCAAACUGUCCUUAUCUGGUGUCUUUGUCUGCUGCUUUGUGCACGAUCUGUGUGUAACUGUCUGUCCUGUGACUUGCAUCAGAGCUCAUAUUUUACAUCACUCUGUGAUUCGUGAUAACUGCUGCCCAACUACAAAAUGUGGGUGCCAAACGAUUAUUAAAAUAAAUGAAAACGAAUAAACAUAUGCAAUGAUUCUUAGCAAAAAAAUAUGGAAUGAUUGAAAAAAUGUUUAUUUUGUCAAAAAAAAAAAAAUUGAAAAAGCAGACUUUAAAAAUGAAAUUGUGUUUGAUGAGUUUUUCAGUGCAUUGUAGCUGUAGAUUAAGUUAUUAUUGAAUUUUGUUUAUAAAAGCAUUUAAAAUCUUUGUUUUGCUGUUUGUUGUUAUGAAAUUUUAACUGUUGUGUCAUAAUAGUGUAAAAAAAACGGGUUUGCAGUACAGAAUUUACUAAUAUGCUGUUGUGUAGCGUUGCUGUCCACUGUGUUUCUUGUGACUUGUGGUCACAAUUCAGUGCAAGUGAACACCUUUUGUACACAUAUAGUAUACUUUUUUAAAAAUUCACAGAAAUUCGUGAUUUUUACUUAAUGAUUUGCUGUUCAUUCUUUUACUUGAUGAUAAUUUGUUGUUGAUUUUAAAAGAUAUAUAUAUUUUGGUCAUUUAAAUAGCUCUGUGAUAAGUGAGAGGUGAAGUACUUACUCUUUGAAAUCUAAGUUUGAGAUUUUUUUAGUAAGUCCGUUUUCUGUCAAAUUCAUGAAAAUGUCUUUGAUGAGCAGUCUUGCAUCAUUUUGUCUGGGUUGUAAAAUUUAUAUACAGAUUGUUUAAUUUCGAUUUUAUUAUUGGGUUUUGAAGAAGAUGGGCUUCUUGAAGGAGAUCAUAUGGAGCUGCAGAAGGAUUGCUGUCCACAUGUGGCUUUUGAGAACAUAUCGUCAACAGUAUCCAAAUUGCUGCAGCUAUUACCUAUUAGAUUAUAGGAAAAGAUGAUAAAAAAAAUUUUUGUUAACUAAAAUUUUUUAUAAUCUUUUGUUAAAAGAGAAUGAUUUAACAAAUUACGCUAUGGAGUUUGGGAAAUUUUCAUUAAUAAAACAAAUAAGUAGUUUCUUU